AUUGAACUAUUACUAGUUGAAUACUAAUACAUGUAGUAAUACCGAGUAGUCUAGACUACAGACCGUAAUACAGUCUGUAAAAAAAUACUUGGACUGUUGGAGGAACAAAAGUAUCAUCGUAGUGAAGAACUCGAAGCAAACAGUACAAAGUUUUGUACUAGUAGGUAGUGUGCGGCUAGUACUAGCACUCUACACGGUUGUUCUCCAGUCUGAGUGACAAACUAGUUUAGUUUCUCGAAAAUGAAGCCAUGUGUUUGGUUGUGGAUCUGCGCGUGUGCGCAAAUGGCACUAGUUUGGAGCGCGCACAGUGGGAAUGCUCAAUCUCCAGCAGCCUCCAUUCCAAGGCCUUCUGAGCGACAGUUGCACUGGCAGCGCAAGGAGCUGAUCAUGUUCCUUCACUUCGGGGUCAACACCUACACUGGUAGGGAAUGGGGCCUGGGAAAUGAGAAUCCCAACAUAUUCCAGCCGGUCGACCUGAACACAACUCAGUGGGUUGACGCGGCGAAGCGGGCCGGCUUUAAGGAGAUGAUUCUGGUGGUGAAGCAUCAUGACGGGUUCUUUCUGUUCCCUAACCCGUACACCAACCAUACCGUGCAGUACAGUUCAUGGCGUGACUACAAAGGUGAUGUCGCCGCUGACUUUGUGAAGUCGUGCCACGACCUUGGUAUGGAUCCGGCGUUCUACCUAUCCCCCUGGGACAGGAACUACUACAACAUGACCUGGAAGCCGUCCUACAACGCAUUCUACGAGAAGACCGAACAGUGGUUGGUGACGCACUAUGGCCAGUUUUACGAGCUGUGGUGGGACGGUGCCAACGCGGUGGCCAAUCGCUCCGUGCUGUACGAGUGGGACAAGUGGCUGGACAUACUGCGCAGCAGUCAGCCCAGCGCAGUCGGGGGAGGCUGCGGGGGCACGGGAGGCGUGUUCGACUGCGGACCUGACACGGCAUGGAUUGGCAACGAGGGCGGAAAGGCGCCCGAGACCGUGUGGAGCUGGCACACCGCUAGCAUCGAGUUUCCCACCGCAGACAAAGCACCCGUGUACGGUCCAUACUUCUGUGAUGUCAGCAUCCGUCCUGGCUGGUUCUGGCAUGAGAAUCAAAACAAUCAGCUGAAGACGCUCUCGCAGCUUGUCGACAUCUACUUCCAGUCUGUUGGUCACAACUGCAAUCUGCAGCUCAACGUUCCACCCAACAAGUCAGGACUUCUUCAAGAUGGCGAUGUUGCUCGCCUUCUGGAGUUUGGAGAGUAUAUCAGCGCUAUGUACGAAACAGACUUUGCUGCCGGUGGGAAUGCCACAACAUCGAGUGCGGUUGCAGGCCAUCCAGGCAAGGCCGUGGUAGACCCUGAUGUGGACACGUACUGGCAAACGGAGGCUGAGGACAAGGACAUGACGAUCACCUUGGAGCUAACCGGCCAAGCGAACGGCGCAGACAACAGCGCCGCUGCUCCAACAGUGUUCAAUGUAGUCAUGCUUCAGGAGUACCUGCCAGAAGGCCAGAGAGUUGCCCAGCACAUCGUGGAUAUCUCCAAUGAUGGCAAGGGCUGGACAACUGUAGGACUCGGCACCACCAUCGGUAACAAGCGUCUCUACCGUCUCAACGCCGACACCACGGUUCCAAAGAUGCUGCGCUUGCGUGUGAUGGCAACAUCGGGAAGUGUUGGCUCGCCAGCCAUAUCUCGGUUUGGACUCUUCAAGGCAGGACCUCUCACGGAGGAGUAAGUAGAGUCACUGUGGUGAGUGUUCAACUGCCGCCUCUUUCUUGGACUCCAUCUCCUGGUCUGUGCAAUUUUUUUAUGUGACCAGCCAUGCAUUUCCGUUUCCUUUCUAUUCAAGCAGCGAACAGCUAUAUCUGGCAUUGAGUAUUUACAUAGUCAUGUAGCUGACAAGGGUCAUUGUUUUUCCUUCUCUUUAGUAGCUUGGCAGCCAUGCAGGUAAUGGUGGUCUUACACUAGAAAAUAGUAGAGGCACUAGGGCUUCAUUCCAGCUGUGUUAGAAAAUUAUGAUGCAUGAAUUUCUCUCCCUCUAUAUCUCCUUUAGGCCAUGAGUAGGAUUUUCUCAAGCUUAAAAAAAAAGCUUACGAUUGUAGUGCUUCCACGCUUCGUGGAAUGCUUCAUUUCCUGUAAACCUUCAAGUCUACUCAUAGAUGGUUGUACCACACUGUACACUCUCAAUGAUUAUUAUGUAAGUGUGUCCA